AUGGCACAUCAUCCUAUGGAUUACAAGGGUCUCGUUCAGCAGAACUGCCACAUGUCCGCCGAAAGCUCAGAUGCUGACUUCCAAGUCCUGACUCGGAUCGACCUAAGUCGUCAGUGGCAUGCUUUCGUUCUCAAGACAGAAGGCGGGAAACGCACCAAAUAUCUUGAGGAGAAGGCCCCUCGACCUGAGCGUGCGCUCGAACUACUUCACGAGGCCUCGGCUCGUUUGGUAGAUCAGUAUGUGACUUGUCACGGCUACGAUCUUCCUCCUGGUACUGCCAAGAGCUCAUCUGGUAUGCGUGGUGGUUCAGUGAAACCAGAUGUCAUUGCUUGUAGUUCCUCUGACAGUGAAGCCUUCGCCUCGGACUCUGACGAUUCUGCACUUCCUCCCCGUCGCUCCCACCGACGAAGCCACCGCAGUGGCCGAGCAGAGGGCGAGGCAACCAGCACACGACCAGGCCGAGUAGAGGCUGAUUCAGGUAGCGAGAGUGAUGAGCCUACUAGCCGCCGUACCCCUUUUUGGGUAUCUCCUCCUCGUUCAACAGGAAUGCCACCUCACGGUCAUCCUCCCCCCCCUCAACCAUGGGGUUAUUCGAUGCCAAUGCAGACACAGACACAGGCACCAGCACCAGCACCAGUCUCUGCCCCUAUUCCCGGCAUCCGACCAGGCCACUCGAUGGUUCCUCCGCCACCAGGUAGAAAGAUUCCUAUUCCUAUUCCGCCCAUGGUUGGCAAGUCGUAUCCUGCACGUCUCAACAUUACCUGGGCAGGCAAUGGAAAGAGGAACAUGCUUGUGAACGUCUCACCAACUGUCCACUACCUACAGCAAGUAGCAGUCAACGAGGCAAACAUGCGCCCUACCGGGUUUGUCAACUCGUCUUCGACACCGUACCUCCCCCUGCCGAAUCAUUCUAGCAAUGGUCAUGCUCUUCUCAGAGCCAUGGUACGCCGUGUCACGCUGGACGAGGAUGAAACUUAUGAGAUUGCGGCCUUUGGAAAUGACUUGUCUGCCUUGUUCCGCAGUAGUUCGAGCAUCCCUAAGUUCGAAAUUGAAAUCGUCAACGCCAACGUUGUCCCCAUCUUCCCCCCCAUGCCUCCUCCGCGUCCUGCCUCAGUUGCCUCCUCGCGAAGCAGCGUCGAAAUAGCGGAUUAG